AUGAGAAUGCUGCCAGUUCGAAAUUCGAUUGGAGUGCCCAGUAGUCGUCAAAUACACACAGAGUGAGCGAGUGAGCGAGUGAGCGACUGAGCGACUGAGCGACCGAGCGAAAUGAAACCGCAAACAAAAUACGGCGUAGCCGCUGCAGCGGCUUCCAGCGUAUUAUGCGAAGAUGUGCGCAACUUUACCACACGGCGACGCAAUCUGCUCUAUCUAAUGCAUCGCUAUCUAAUGGAGAACGGCUAUUACAGCAGCGCCGAGGCGCUCAAGAGCGAGAGUCGCUUAUCCGAUGACUGCGAGCUGUGCGACAAUGUUGAUCUGGAUGCAAUUUAUUUGGAAUAUGCAAGUUUCUUCAACAUGAAGUUUGGCAAAUAUCCGCGCAUACUAAAGAAAGCAACGCCCAAGCUCAAGCUGGAGCUAAGCGGCGGCGCUAAAGCGACAGCAGCGAAGCAGUCAACAGCUGAUCCAGCAGCAGCAGCGCAGUUGCAGCGCAGUUUAGGCGGCGCUGGCGAUAGCUUGGCCAAUUGGCAUGCAGGCAUUGGCGCGGCCACAGCAGCAGCGGCAGCAAGUUUGAGCACAGAGCAGCAGCAGCAGCAGCAGCAACCGUUGCAUAUAAAAAAACUGGACACAGCUGAGAGCUCAAGCGGUGCCGCCGCCGCCGGCGCUGCCUUAAGCGAAAUCGAACAUGGCCACGGCGGCGCUGGCGACAACGCGCUGUUUGUCACCCCCGAGUGGCAGCUGCUCGCUCAGCUCGUCAAGACGAGCAUUCUAAGCGAGGAUAUCAAGCUCAAGUGGUCCGACAUUUGUGGCAAUCAGCAAGCCAUUGAGCUGGUCAAGGAGGCAGUGCUCACGCCCAUUGAUUAUCCGCAGCUGUUCGCUCAUGGGUUGAAGCCUUGGCGCUCGCUGCUGCUCCAUGGACCGCCCGGCAGUGGCAAAACGCUGCUGGCCAAGGCGCUGUACGCCGAGACGCGUGGCAAGGUCACGUUCUUUAACAUCACGGCCAGCAUUAUGGUCUCCAAGUGGCGCGGCGAAUCGGAGAAAAUACUGCGCGUGCUUUUCCACAUGGCAGCGCGUCAAGCGCCCGCUGUCAUUUUCUUCGACGAAAUCGAGAGCUUAACUUCGAAGCGCGAUCGCGCCACAGACCACGAGUCGUCCAAGCGCUUCAAGAACGAGCUGCUGCAGCUGCUCGACGGCAUGGAGCAUCAGCUGAACGGCGUCUUUGUGCUGGCCAGCACCAACUUGCCCUGGGACAUUGACGAGGCGUUUCUGCGUCGCUUUGAGAAGAAGCUGCUCGUGCAGCUGCCCACAGCCGCCGAGCGUUGCAGCCUGAUCAAGCGACUGCUUGGCAGCGUUCUCAGCCUGCAGACGCGUCAGCUGGAGCAGCUGGUGCGACUCUCGGAGCACUUCACAGGCGAUGAGAUACGCUUGGCCUGCAAGGAGAUCAGCAUGCAACGCAUGCGUUGCGCCACGCGUGCCACACGCGAUGCCGGCACAACCAAAGAGAGCGAGGAGGCAAGUUGCGAGCGCGCCUUCAAGCAAGUCAAACCGCUGGGCAUCAAACUCUUGCCCAGACACGAGCAAUGGCAGCAGGAGAAUGGCUCCUAGUCCAAUUUUGGAUAUAUAGACGCGCUGCUUUGGCUAUUUUUUUUAAUAAUUAAUGAUUUAAUUCAAUGUAAAAUUAAUGAUGCAUCAUAAAUAUAUAAAUA